UGUCAUUCACGUAUACCCAUUAUACACUUCAGCAAUGCAAUACCACCAUUUAUUAUUUGUGUUAAAUUAAAUCUUUCAAAUGGAUCCUUUGAAGAAAAUUUAAAAUCAUUGAAUUUGACGGAAGAUAAGCCGGUACAAUGGAAACUGAUACAUCAAUGUGGCUAUGCAAUAAGCUUGAUAGUAUUGACAACCAGUGGUCUUCAGGUGGAAUUGCAACACAUUUUUCGAAUACUAUCCUUCACAAUAUAUAUGACUGCUUUUUGCAAUUGGAAACAAAGUUAAAGAUCAAACUACUGUUGACAUUUCUCAAGAUACCCUUGCGUAACAUGGAAGGUUUGCAGGAUGGUAUUAUGGCUAUAAUCGAUUUAGCUGACAGCGAUCCUGAUGAAUGGGUUCAAGUAGCUGCAAAUCUUGUCAGAGAUUACCCCACUCAUCAUUUCAUUGACAAAAAAGUGGGAAACGUUACUGCAAGUUUUCAAACAACUAUUUUAGAAAUCCAUCAAGAAAUUCAACAGUUGCAACCAGGUUGUGCAUCCUCUAUGCUACCGCUUCAAUGUCCGUAUCUUAAUCACGCAGCACUUGCGCAAGUUGUGUCGAAUAUGCCGACAUUGACAAAACAUUUUACUCUCAGAAGGAAACCAAAAUCCGCUGCUCUUCGGGCAAAAAUAACACAAAGAGCCACCGACGCCGUAAACCAGCGAAAAAUGUCUCACUCAUCUAACCCAUCGGCAGGUUCAUCUUUUGUUAAAGCUAAUCUAAAGAGAACGCUAUCCACGCCAACAGGCCGUUCACCACAUGUUCCUCAUCAAAAUAAGUUAAUAAAAACAUCUACGCUGCCCAAGAAAACUAAGUUAUUGGAUAUAACAGAGCAACCUUUAGGAGUAAGGGAACAGAAGAAACGCAAGAAGAAUUUAGAGGCAUCCUUGGAAGAAUCGAAACAGCGCAAAUCGUCUGAGUUACAGAAAAGUCAGGACGAGGGGGGACACCUGCACAACUCUGAUAUAGAAGUAGACGCAGAGAGUGAACAGACUGGACGUCAACAACCGGGCAAGCCGUCCUCACCACCUAAACUGGAUCAAACCGAAGCUCCGAAUAUGAGUCAGUCGUCUAAAGUCACUCAAGGUACGCCAACACCGUCGUACGCAAUGCUUCCAGGCUCAAAUGCAACUGUAACGUCUUUGAUUGCCCCUCCAGAAAUCACUCCCUCAGUUGACACGUCCAGUUCAAAUUCUACCGGUAAACACGAGGUUCCGAUUACUUCAGAGGAAGGGGAUGUCUCUAACAUGAGAGCAAGUGCUUUUGCUGUAUCUGCUCAGAAUGAUUUACAAGGACCCAGUACCAGUGGAAGUUUGGUGAAUGUAGAUCAAACAGCUUCGUUUACCACACAGAGUCUACAAAGAGACCUGCAGAUGCGUGUUCAAAAGGAGCAUGAGAUGAGGAUACAACAACAACAGCAACGAAUGCAACAUCAACAACACUUACAACAAUCUUCCGAUUAUUCACAAAAGUUAUUUCAACAACAACAGCAGCAAUAUUCUCACGGUGCUAACAUAACGUUUGGUGGGCCAGGAUUAGGUUUGUCUCACCAUAUGCAGGCAUUGCAAGCACAACACCUCGCAAUGGGAAUGCAUCCAUCUCUUCCGUCUCACCAGAAGAAAGAUUUGUCGCUUACGAGAGAACAGAUGUUUGCUGCCCAAGAAAUGUUUCGUUCUGCGAAUAAAGUGACCCGGACUGAAAAGGCCCUUAUACUCGGCUUUAUGGCAGGAGCUAGAGACAACCCUUUUCCACAACAAGGUGCUGUCAUUACCAUCAAACUGAGCGAGGAGACUGAAACAGUUCAACAUCACGAUGGGCCGCAAAAUGUUUUCAUAGAAAUGUUGUUCGAAAUGAAUUACGAGACCGGUCAUUGGAGGAGACUCAAAAGGACUCGCGUUGUAUCGAAGCAAUGAUAAUUAUCGGACAAAUCGUUUUAAACCACUCUAAAUGUCAAUUUAGUCUACAACAUUUUAUAAAAGGAUUUCUUUAGUAUUUAUCAUAAGUUUUCUUGUAUUUUAAAAAAUAGUCUUUGGAAACAUGUGAAGUGGUAUCAGCGCAUUAAUUCGGUUUAUCAAGUCUUUGAAUUAGUUUUUCAAUUCGUCGAAUCAGUUUUUUCAAAUCGAUCGUCGAAUUAGUUUUUUCGAAUCAAUCAUCGAAUCAGUUUUCUCGAAUCGUCGAAUUAAUUUUUUCGAAUCGGCUAAUCAGUUUUUAAAUUCCAACGAAAAUUUAAAGAUAAAUAACUCCUAUAUAUACGGAGGUGUGGCACUCGAGUAUGGCAAGCCAAAUUCACAAGUAUUCGAUAUACCUAGUAUAUCAAUCGAAAAACUAGGUUUAACGGUAAGAAAAA